AUGAUCCUCUGUGCUUCAGGAUCCACAGAACCUUCAUCAAGCACCUUACAUCCUACUUCUUCAGUGGUCACCAAUUCAUUGGAUAAUAGAUGCUUUCUACUCAUUCUACGAGAAGAGCAGCAUUGUUGUGAUGCUGCUCAACCAAUCACUCUGAAAGAAGUUGUGUGUGCGAUCAAUACAAUUAGUUUUACCAACUCAGCACAUUCAAUAUUCAUCAAUACCGUCACCAAAUUGUCUCUUUCAAAAUUAUUUAUGAUCUGUUGUAGAGAACAAUUUUGGAAGAUUAUAGUUUGGUUGGAUAUCCCACUUGAUAUUUCAGAUCAAGAGAGUAUUGGUUUUUUAUUGGCACAGAUAGAUAAUUCAAUACAGUAUGGUGAAGAUGUCGAACCACAAGAUCCAAACGACCAAUACUUUGAAGAAGAUGAAGAUGCUGAUGAUGGUGCUUUCGAUAAUUACAACAAUUAA